AUGGUGGCUUGGCCGCUCUACGCCGAGCAGCACCUGAACAGGAAUGUUUUGGUGAACGAUAUGAAGAUGGCUAUUGACUUGGAGCAGAGGGAGGAUGAUGGAUUUGUGAGUGGGGAUGAGUUGGAGAGAAGGGUUAGGGAGUUGAUGGAGUCGGAACAAGGGAGGGAGCUCAGGGGAAAAAGUUGGAAGAUGAGGGAAAUGGCUUUGGCUGCUUUGGGAACAGCAUCUGGGGAUGAAGAUUUGGCUAUCUGGAAUUCCAAAAAAGGGCUGUAUUCUUGUGCUGAAACCUGGGAUUGUCUAAGGGAGAAAGCUGAUGUUAGUUGGUGGAAAGCCGUUUGGUUUUCUGGUGCUAUUACCCAACAUGCUUUCAUACUUUGGAUGGUCUUCAAGGAUGCUUUGAAUACUAAAGAGAGGAUGUGUAAAUGGGGUUUCAAUGGCUUCAGUUGUAGAAUUUGGAGGUCCUUGUUGGCGGAUUGUUUGGUGAGUAAACCGCUGGUGGAUUGGGAUGAUGUAGUUCAGUGGUGUGCGUUUCAGUUGAGAGGAGAUUCAUUGGAAACUAGGCUCUGCAAAUUGAGCCUUGGAGCUGUAAUUUACCACAUCUGGAUGACCAGGAAUCAUUUGAUACAUGGAAGCACUCCUAGUACAGAGGAGAGCCUUAUUUCCAAGAUUAGAUGUGAAGUGAGAUCAAGGAUUAUGGCUAAGGGAGGCUAUACCAGCCCUGCAGAGAAUCUUAAGCUUUUGAAGAUAUGGAAUUUGCAGAACAUAGUCUGA